ACGAUCAUCGCGGUGUUGUCGAACGUUGCCGAAACGGCUCCGCUAGCUUAACAUGCUACUGUUAGCCCCGCUGCUGGGUCGACUGUUUUUAACGCCCUCUUCUCUCCGAGGAACGCGUUUCUCACCGGCUUUGUGUUUUUUUGCCCAAUAUACCAAAAUCCUUCAGAAGAAGCAGAAAUGCGCCGCGGGGGUUCCCGAAGCGGAAAGCCCGCCUGCCAGCCCUCUGUCCCCGGAGCAGCUGGACAGGAUAGCCCGCAACAAGAGAGCGGCGCUGGAGAAGCUGGCUUCCGCUCAGAGUCCUCCGGGUUGCGGGGAGAGCUGGAGGAAGGAGCUGGCCGCUGAGUUUGGGAAGCCCUACUUCAAACGGCUGAUGCAUUUUGUUUCUGAAGAGAGGAAACGCCACACAGUUUACCCACCUGCUGAGCAAGUGUUCACCUGGACCCAGACGUGCAGCAUCAGGGAUGUCAAAGUGGUCAUUCUAGGUCAAGAUCCGUAUCAUGGUCCUGGUCAAGCUCACGGGCUGUGCUUCAGUGUGAAAAGACCAGUUACUCCCCCUCCCAGCCUGGAGAACAUGUACAAAGAGCUGGCCUCAGACAUCGAAGGCUUUCAGCACCCAGGGCACGGAGAUCUGACGGGAUGGGCCAAACAGGGUGUGCUGUUGCUCAACGCCGUGCUGACUGUCAGAGCGCACCAGGCCAACUCACACAAAGACAAAGGCUGGGAGGCCUUCACUGACGCUGUGGUGCAGUGGCUCAGCAGCAAUCUGGAGGGCGUCGUCUUCAUGCUGUGGGGAUCAUACGCGCAGAAAAAAGGGGCUUCCAUUAACCGGAAGCGUCACCACGUCCUGCAAGCUGUGCAUCCUUCCCCGCUGUCUGCUCAUCGAGGCUUUUUUGGCUGCAGGCACUUUUCAAAGGCCAACGAGCUGCUAGAGAAAUGUGGAAAGUCUCCCAUAGACUGGAAGGCUCUUUAACUUCUAUGUUAGCUUUUCUAACGCACAUGUUGAGUAACUACAGACCAAAUCCACCUAUAAGCUUUUGGGUUCUUCUUUCAGCAAAAGUAUGUGAUAUUCAUGUUUUCAUGAAACAGUUCAUGUCAGCAGGUUGUUUUGUUUUUAUAGCAUUCUUUAAACUCAGCUGUAUUUUUUUUGUUUAGAUCGUCUGCGUUGACUGAAUUCACUUUUGUAAAUAUUUGUAUACUCUUUCUGCCUUUUUAGUUUGCACAUUAAAGUUCCCGUUCUCACUUUUUUAUGUAAUGUUUGGUACAUUAAAAAGUUUUCUACAGUA